GCAGGACAGUGCGCGGGAGGGACGUUAACUGUGGGAGAGUGAGGCCCCUGAGACAUGGUGUGAGGUGAUCGGUACGGGCCGAGCAGACCGAUCUCACAGAGACGGUACGGAGAACUGGAGACUAUGGCCGACCGUCUCAUGUGCUGUGCGCUGGUGCUGGCGCUUUGUCGAGUCACCGUUUCUCUCCCGGAGGUGUCGGCGCAAAAUGAGGAAAAAUGCGAGCAGCUCUGCGUGAAGAACCAGGGACGAGGCUCAAAUCUGGAGACAUCGUGCGAUGAAAGCUGCAGACUUGAACAGUGCAAUAAAGGAUGCGCCGGGAGAAAUCGCUCCCUCGAGUCGUCUUGUAAACAAUUUUGUAUGGACGAGGGGCCGUCAUCGCAGCAGGGAGAGCUGUUCCGCGUGCUGUGGGCGGUGGACUGGGCCAGUAAGGAGCCUCUGCCGGGCGCCCCCUCCCCCACCGAUCUCACUCUGGCCCGCGGCCGACCGGCCUCAGCCGAGGCUGCGGUGGCGGCUCCGGACGCUCACCACGUAUCUCUCCGCUGCUGCCGCGUCCUUCCCGGCGGCCCUCUGGGUCAGCUACUGCUGGUGGUGCGCGCCGGUGGCCAG